AUGAUUGAAGAUAAGGGGCCUCGUGUUGCUGACUACUUUGUUGUAGCAGGAUUAACUGGUUCCAAGCCUCUUGAAGAAGAAAUUCACUUCAAUGAUGCCUGUCACAAAGUAGCAAAACCGAAAGAACCUAUCACAGAUGUUUCAGUUAUUAUUAAAUCUCUUGGGGAGGAAGUGCCACGGGAUUAUAUGUGUAUUGAUGUUACCCCAACUGGACUGUCAGCUGACCUCAAUAAUGGAAGUCUUGUGGGGCCUCAGAUUUACCUUUGCUAUAGAAGAGGAAGAGAUAAGCCUCCCCUUACAGAUCUGGGAGUUUUAUAUGACUGGAAAGAAAGAUUGAAACAGGGGUGUGAGAUUAUUCAGAGUACUCCCUAUGGACGCCCUGCAAAUAUUAGCGGCAGUACCUCAUCACAAAAGAUUUACAUCACCUACCGAAGAGCCUCUGAAAACAUGACUCAGAAUACCUUGGCUGUCACAGACAUAUGUAUUAUUAUACCCAGUAAAGGAGAAAGUCCACCACACACAUUCUGCAAAGUUGACAAGAAUCUCAAUAACAGUAUGUGGGGAUCAGCAGUAUACUUAUGUUAUAAAAAGUCCGUGGCAAAGACUAACACUAUAUCUUACAAAGCUGGUCUAAUUUGUAGAUAUCCUCAAGAAGAUUAUGAGUCAUUCUCACUUCCAGAAUCUGUUCCCCUAUUUUGUUUACCAAUGGGUGCAACAAUUGAAUGUUGGCCACCAAAUAGCAAAUACCCUCUCCCUGUAUUUUCUACAUUCGUGUUAACUGGAGCCUCAGCUGAAAAGGUCUAUGGUGCUGCUAUUCAGUUUUAUGAACCAUAUCCUGAGGAGAAUCUCACAGAAAAACAGAGACUUCUUUUGGGUUUAGCAUCAUCGGCAGAUGGGAAGUCUGACAGUUCCAAAACAGUUCACACUAGCAAGUGCAUCUGUCUUCUUUCUCACUGGCCUUUUUUUGAUGCGUUCAGGAAGUUUCUGACUUUUUUGUUUCGUUAUUCCAUCUCUGGGCCUCAUGUCCUCCCAAUUGAGAAGCAUAUUUCUCAUUUUAUGCACAAAGUUCCUUUUCCAUCUCCUCAGAGACCACGAAUUUUAGUUCAGCUAUCACCACAUGAUAAUCUGAUUCUCAGUCAGCCUGUUUCUUCUCCUCUUCCACUAAGUGGCGGCAACUUUUCAACACUACUUCAGAAUUUAGGCCCAGAAAACGCUGUGACGCUGCUGGUGUUUGCAGUAACAGAACACAAGAUUCUCAUCCAUUCUUUACGGCCUUCUGUGCUUACUAGUGUGACAGAAGCACUAGUGUCUAUGAUAUUCCCUUUCCACUGGCCAUGCCCGUAUGUUCCUCUCUGCCCGCUGGCUUUAGCUGACGUCUUGAGUGCACCAUGUCCCUUCAUAGUAGGAAUUGACUCAAGAUACUUUGAUCUGUAUGACCCUCCACCAGACGUUAGUUGUGUUGACCUCGAUACUAACACCAUUUCUCAAACUGGUGACAAGAAAAAUGUACCCUGGAAGAUACUCCCAAAGAAACCUUGUAAAAAUCUGAUGAACACACUGAAUAAUUUGCACCAGCAAUUGGCAAAAUUGCAGCAGAGACCAAGAGAUGAUGGACUAAUGGACUUAUCAAUGAAUGACUAUGAUUUUAAUUCUGGAAAGAGGUUGCACAUGAUAGAUUUGGAAAUCCAAGAGGCAUUUUUGUAUUUCAUGGCUUCUAUUUUAAAAGGGUAUAGGUCAUACUUAAGGCCAAUAACAGGAGCCCCAUCUGAGACAGCCACAGAUGCAAGCUCUCUUUUUGCCCUACAAGCUUUCUUAAGAAGCCGGGACCGAUCACAUCAAAAAUUCUAUAAUAUGAUGACCAAAACACAAAUGUUUAUUCGCUUCAUUGAGGAAUGUUCUUUUGUCAGUGAUAAAGACGCAAGCCUGGCAUUUUUUGAUGAUUGUGUAGAUAAAGUGGAUAUGGACAAGAGUGGUGAAACGCGGCUUAUCGAACUGGAUGAAUCUUUCAAAAGUGAACACACUGUUUUUGUAACACCACCUGAGAUCCCCCAUCUACCCAAUGGUGAAGAAGCCCCUUUACAGUACAGCUAUAAUGGAUUUCCAGUUCUUAGGAACAAUUUAUUUGAGAGACCUGAAGGAUUUCUACAAACACGAAAAAGCAGAUUGCCUUCAAAAUCAAGUAGUCCUAGUAGCCCUUCUCCCAUGUUCAGAAGAACAAAACAGGAAAUUAAAUCAGCCCAUAAAAUUGCCAAGCGUUACUCUUCCAUUCCUCAGAUGUGGUCUAGGUGUCUGCUGCGUCACUGUUACGGACUGUGGUUUAUAUGUCUCCCAGCUUACGUGAAAGUGUGUCAUUCAAAAGUCAGAGCUCUGAAAACAGCAUAUGAUGUGCUUAAAAAAAUGCAGUCAAAGAAGAUGGAUCCACCUGAUGAGGUGUGCUACCGCAUUCUUAUGCAGCUCUGUGGACAAUAUGAUCAGCCAGUGCUUGCAGUUCGAGUGCUUUUUGAAAUGCAGAAAGCUGGUAUUGACCCCAAUGCCAUUACUUAUGGUUAUUAUAAUAAGGCUGUUUUAGAAAGUACCUGGCCUUCACGAAGUCAUAAUGGCUAUUUUCUUUGGACAAAAUUAAGAAAUGUUGUUUUAGGAGUAGCACAGUUCAAAAGAGCUUUAAAGAAACAUGCACACUUAUCACAAACAACUCUCUCAGAUGGCAGUGACCUGGAUGCUGUUAGUCAUGGCAGCAUGGAUAGUGGUCAUGGGACACACACUGUGGAGCAGGCACCUUUUAAUACGGGUUUAAUCAAAGUAUAUGCUGCUGAUGAUAGAUCUAGUACAGGUGGCCAGUCUGAUCUUGGAUAUAAUUCAUUAUCUAAAGAUGAAGUUAGAAGAGGAGAUACAUCUACUGAGGACAUUCAAGAAGAAAAAGAUAAGAAAGGGAGUGAUUCUAGUUCCUUGUCGGAGAGUGAGAGCACAAAAGGAAGUGCCGAUUGUCUUCCUAAGCUCGACUAUCAGAGCUCAUCCAGUAUAGUUCGCCUUGGCGGCGGACACGACAGCGCUGAUAAAAUUUUGGGAGAAAACACAGAAAGCACAUCUGAGCCACUCUUAAUAUCAUCCUUUGAAGAUACAAAUGAAACAGGAAACAUUCAAAGUAGAUGCUUCAGGAAAAGACAUGAAAAUGACAGUGAACCUAAUUCGCAGCAGCAAAUGUCCUGGGAAAAUAGAAACCAUAAUCUUAGUGGAGGAGCAGUGAUGGGACUUAUGCUCAAUAGAAUUAACCAGGAAGCAAACCCUGGAGAUAUGGUUGAAAAAUUAGGAGCUGAUGCAAAAAUUCUUUCACAUGUUAUCUCAAAAAGCACAAGACCAAACAGUCUUGAUAUUGGAAGGCCGUCUUUAAGAUCAAAAAGAGAGAGUCUAGAAAAGGAAUCUAGUGAUGAUGAUACACCUUUUGAUGAUUAUAAUUGUUUGACAGAUAAAGUGGAUUCUCCAGUUAUUUUUGACUUAGAAGACUUAGACAAUGAAACUUAUGGGUCAAAAAUGGGCUGCGUUGCUACACAAAAUCCCAAAAGAAUUCAGCGUAUGAACAGCAGCUUUUCAGUGAAACCUUUUGAAAAAACUGAUGUUGCAACAGGAUUUGAUCCCCUCUCUCUUUUGGCGGCUGAGACUGAGCAGGAGCAAAAAGAGGAGGAAGAGGAAGAUGAAGAUGAUAGCAAAAGCGUUUCAACACCAUCUACUAAGCGUGAUUUAGCUGAAGAGAUUGUGAUGUAUAUGAAUAACAUGACCAGUCCUUUGACAAGUCGGACACCAAGCAUUGAUUUACAACGGGCAUGUGAUGAUAAAUUAACCAAUAAGAAAAGUCCAGUUUUGGUCAAGGCACGCAGAAGAUCUAGCCUGCCUCAUAAUUCUCCAAGGCUAAUGAGACUUACCAAAUCUAAAAGCUAUACAAAAAGUGAAGACAGACCAAGAGACAGACUCUGGUCUUCACCAGCCUUCUCACCAGGUUGCCCAUUUAGGGAAGAAUCUCAAGAUGCAUUAACCCAUUCAUCACCUUCAUUUAAUUUGGAUACACUACUGGUACCUAAACUAGAUGUUCUAAGGAACAGUGUGUUCACUGCUGGAAAAGGAGUUGCAGAGAAAGCAAGCAAAUGGUAUUCAAGAUUCACCAUGUAUACCACACCAUCUAAGGAUCAAAGUUCUGAUCGUACCAGUCUUUCUUCAGUGGGAGCCCAGGAUUCUGAAUCCAUCUCUUUAACAGAUGAAGACGUCUGCCCCGAGUUGGAAGGGGCCCCUUCCACCCACGAGUGCGGUGCCACCACAGGGACUAAGGGAACUGAGUUCAGCAGAACAAGCCUAGAAAGUUCUGCCUCCGUAGAAGGAUCCCUGUCGAAGUUUGCCUUACCUGAGAAAUCGGAGGUGGCAUCUUCCUGCAACACAAGUAACACCAAUAUCUUCCAGAACUAUGCGAUGGAGGUUCUCAUCUCAAGUUGUUCGCGGUGUAAAACUUGUGACUGUCUUGUCCAUGAUGAGGAAAUCAUGGCUGGCUGGACGGCGGAUGAUUCAAACCUUAAUACUACAUGUCCGUUUUGUGGCAAUCUUUUCUUGCCCUUUUUGAAUAUUGAAAUAAGAGAUUUAAGGAGACCUGGGAGAUACUUUUUGAAGUCAAGUCCAUCUACAGAAAAUAUGCAUUUUCCAGCCUCCUUUUCAAGUCAGACAAGGCCGUCUUGUAUCUCGACAUCAGCCUCUGGUCUUGACACAUCUGUUCUCUCUGUUCAAGGGGAUUUCGGUUUAAAUAGCAAAUCUAAACUACUGGAAAACACAUAUGCCCGAAGUAUUCAGAUCCCUGCUGAUAGAUCAAAAACAGCUGUCUCAAAAUGUCCAAUAUUCCCAAUGGCCAGGAGCGCCAGUACUUACGGUCCGUUGGAUAAGGAAGACGCUGGAGGGCAGAAGCUCAUUCCUACCGGCAGUCUGCCGACUACUUUACAUGGAACUGCAGAUUCUUUAGGAUUAGAGUGGCACCUCCCAAGUCCGGAUCCUAUCACGGUCCCGUAUCUCAGUCCUUUAGUGGUGUGGAAGGAACUUGAAAGCCUGUUGGAAAAUGAAGGCGAUCAUGCAAUAACAGUGGCGGAUUUUGUGGACCACCACCCAAUUGUUUUUUGGAACCUGGUGUGGUAUUUUAGACGUCUUGACUUACCUAGUAACUUACCUGGAUUGAUUCUUUCUUCUGAGCAUUGUAACAAGUACUCAAAGAUUCCCCGCCACUGUAUGUCUGAAGACAGUAAAUAUGUUCUGAUCCAGAUGUUGUGGGACAACAUGAAAUUACAUCAGGAUCCGGGACAACCCCUGUACAUCCUCUGGAACGCCCACACCCAGAAGUAUCCAAUGGUCCAUUUAUUGCAAAAAGGUGAUAAUUCAUUUAACCAGGAACUAUUGAAAAAUAUGGUGAAAAGCAUCAAAAUGAAUGAUGUCUAUGGACCAAUGAGUCAGAUUUUAGAGACUCUGAAUAAAUGUCCUCAUUUUAAAAGACAGAGGAGUCUGUAUAGAGAAAUACUGUUUCUCUCACUUGUGGCACUGGGAAGAGAAAACAUUGAUAUAGAUGCAUUUGAUAAAGAAUACAAGAUAGCAUACGACCGCCUCACACCCAGUCAAGUCAAGAGCACACACAACUGCGACAGGCCGCCGAGCACCGGGGUGAUGGAGUGCCGGAAGACUUUUGGAGAACCUUACCUUUAG